UUCAGCUCCGAAACUUACAGCGGAACGGGCGCGCGGAGCGGCGGCGGGUCCGAGGGUCUGCGGAUCAUCAGUGCUGAGUCUCACCCGCUUUAACCGGUUACGGUGAUCCUCUGCUCCCCGGGUUACGGUGAUCCGGUCCCCGCUACAGCCCUCCGGUGGAGCCGUGGCGGCGCGGAGCAGCGAUCUGAGGCUAAUGAGAACGAGGGGGAAUAUCGAAGAAAUCAUAUUCUACAUCUGUCUGGAUCAGCAACUUAGAAGCAAUGGGUCUUGGGGAGGCUUCAGCGAGAGGGACCAGCAUGGAGGGUGAUUGCCUCAGCUGCAUCAAAUAUCUCAUGUUCGUCUUUAACUUUCUCAUCUUUUUAGGAGGCUCAUUUCUGCUGGGAGUCGGGGUGUGGAUGCUGGUGGACCCCACAGACUUCAGAGAGAUAGUGGCUGCCAACCCCCUCCUCUUCACUGGAGUCUACAUCAUACUGGCUAUGGGUGGCAUGCUGUUCCUGCUGGGAUUCCUGGGCUGUUGUGGAGCUCUGAGGGAGAACAAAUGUCUGCUGCUGUUUUUCUUUAUGUUCAUCCUCGUUAUAUUCCUAGCAGAGCUGGCUACUGCUAUUCUGGCUUUCAUUUUUCGGGAGCACUUGACCAAAGAGUACUUCACAAAAGAACUGAGGAAACACUACCAAGGCUACAACACCUCUGAUGUCCUGACCACUACGUGGAAUGCCAUCAUGAAAACAUUUGAUUGCUGUGGUGUGAAUAGUCCUGAAGAUUUCGAGGAGAGCCUCUUCCAUGUCCUCAACCCCAGCCAGGUAGUUCCAGAGGCCUGCUGCCGGAAAAACAGCCACCUGGGAGACGUGAGCUUCAGCAACAAGGACGAGUGCCUCUCCGGCAACAUGCUGUAUCGCAACAACAAGGGCUGUUACUCAUCGGUUGUAGACUACUUUGAGAUGUACAUUUAUAUAGCCGGUGCCCUGGCUAUUGUUGUACUUACAAUUGAGCUCUUUGCUAUGAUUUUUGCGAUGUGUUUAUUUAAGGGAAUCCAGUAAGCGCACAGUGGACGUUCUUAACAUUCUAAACUUCAAUAAAUGAAUCUGCGAGACCCGAACUUCCCAUCUGGCCAUUUGAGGUGCUGAGUGACAAACACACCAAACAGGAUAAAAUUCAGAACAGUAAUUCAGUGGAUGUGAAUUAUUGUGUGUGUAGGUUCACGUGUUCUUCUGACCAGGAUUUUAUACAGACUGGUUGGAUAGAAGAGGAUGAAGACUCUGCUCUGGUUUUAAUGCAGGGUGUUUUUACUGAGCGGUUUUGACUUGUUUUUGUAAAUAUUUGUGUUUAUUGAGAAUUUCUCUCUCUGGUCGGGUAAAAGGCCACACCUUUCACCCUUCACAUGCAUCAUCAGCAGCUUGUCAAACAAACAUGUUAACAAUUUUGAGGUACAAUAUGUCUGUACAAUAUUGUAAAUAUUCACUUUUUUAAAUAUUCAUGUUGUGAUUGUGAACAUCCUGUGCUUGCUCCUUUCCCCGUUUUUACAUUUCCUUAUUUUUCAUUGUAUUGAUUAUUGCUACGGUGCUUGUGUGUGAUUUUAAGAUGGAAUUUACAUCUGUUUGUAUGUAUGUAUUAAAUCUGAAUGACUAAUGAAUAAAAGUUUUGUCUUAUUCAACAGUUAUUAGCAAAUGACAUUUUCUUACAAACACUGUAUUUUAUUGAAUACCCCAACCCCAGAAUUAAAAGUAAUCCUGCUCCACAUUUGAUUAUGUAGCUGGAUGUAUUUGCAAGAUCUGUCUUGUAUUAAAUUGUGAUCUUUUGUUAUUUAUGCACUGAUGUACGUAAAAAAUGUUUUUAUUACUUCUGAAAUGCAGUGUAAAAUAUGAACAGUUGUUUGCUACUAGUUCUGUGCCAAGUUCCAGGAGUUUUUAUUAAAGUCAAGCUGGAAACAA